CGCGGGCUGCAUCACCCACCGGCCCGGGGAAUAAAGCGUUAGCCCCAGCCGCGCGAUGACUCGUUCACCGGCCUCGGCCGCCCGCGGGAACUGCCAAAGGGAGCGGAGGAAGAGGAGAAGCAAGCGCCGCGAGCACGGGGCGCGCUAGCGGGGAGGCCGGGCUUUAAAAGCGGGCUCGGGCUUCCCACCCUAUGGAACCGGAGACGGCUGGAAAAGCGAGGAGAGGGCAGCGACCGCCCCGCGAAGGCGCCGCGGCAGAUCGGCCCUUCCCCGCCGGAGGGGUAACAGCAAAGGGCGAAGGGACUCGUGGCAAACUCAUGGUAGCAAGGUGUCAAGCAACCCUCCUGGGAUGUGUUUCUUCAGGAUGAAAGGAGAGCACUACCUUAUUUUAUGGAUGUCACUGAAAUAGACUUUGAGGUUCUUUGGAAGCUCAUCACAAGCCUGGCAUGGGAAACCACAGCAACAAUCAUACCUGCUUGACAGAUGAUUCCUUUAAGUACAACUUGUACGGGGCUGUGUACAGCGUGGUCUUCAUCCUCGGUUUGAUUACUAACUGUGCCUCCCUCUUUGUUUUCUGCUGCCGGAUGAAAAUGCGCAGCGAAACAGCCAUUUUCAUGACAAACCUGGCUGUUUCAGACUUGCUGUUUGUGUUCACCUUGCCUUUUAAAAUUUUUUAUAAUUUCAACAGGCACUGGCCUUUUGGAGACAGCCUAUGCAAGAUUUCCGGUACAGCAUUUCUCACUAACAUCUACGGGAGCAUGCUGUUCCUCACCUGCAUUAGCGUUGACCGUUUCCUUGCCAUCGUCUACCCGUUCCGAUCUCGUACCAUUAGGACAAGGAGAAAUUCAGCCAUAGUAUGUGCUGGUGUUUGGAUACUGGUCCUCAGCGGUGGAAUUUCAGCUUCGUUGUUCUCCACAACCAACGUCUCUAACACCAGCACAACCUGCUUUGAAGGUUUUUCGAAACGUAUCUGGAAAACCUACUUGUCUAAGAUCACUAUAUUUAUUGAAGUGGUAGGAUUCAUAAUUCCUUUGCUACUCAACCUUACGUGCUCUUCUUUAGUACUCAGGACUCUUCGGAAACCUGCCACCUUGUCUCAGAUUGGGACAAACAAAGAGAAAGUACUGAAAAUGAUCAUUGUGCAUGUGGCCAUUUUUGUCGUGUGCUUUGUGCCUUACAACUCCAUACUCUUCUUGUAUGCUCUUGUGCGGUCCCAAGCAAUAGCAAAUUGCUCCUUGGAGCGCUUUGCCAGGACCAUGUACCCAAUCACGCUGUGCAUCGCAACAACGAACUGCUGCUUUGACCCGUUCAUCUACUACUUCACCUCAGAAUCCUUCCAGAAGUCUUUCAACAUAAAAACACAGAUGAAAAUGGAUUCUCUUUUCAAGACUGAAACACCUCUAACAAAGACUGCGCUACCGGCACCACAGGACGAAAUAAGUGACCAGGCUAUUACGAACGGGGGAGAUCCAACAUCUGAAUCACAUUUCUAGUGAUGUGUUUACACAUGGAGUUAUCCCCCAGUCAUUUCUGCAUUAACACCAUGUGCAAAAUAGUUGCUUCUGAAUGUGGGUUCACGCAUGGUGCUACUGAAGAAAAGCUAAUGGGGGAUAGCUACACAGGUGGGCAAAUGCUCUCACGGGAAUUGCUCCAUCAGAUGCAACAGGCACCUCCAUUUGAGAACAUGAGAUACAAUAAUCCAGAUGGAUCUCUUUGGAGAUUAUGGAUGGGUGACCAUACGCACCAGCUGAGGAGGGAAUGGAACAGAUUCUUUAAUCACAAGAUGCCAACAUUUGGCAUUUUCUCCCCUCAGCAUUUGAUGUGGGACCAGUUGGGAAACACACAAUUUAAUUUUCUUAGAGAUAUCUGCCAAUAUUUCAUGUCUUCUGGAGAUGAAUCAUCAUAUGCUAACUCAAUAACUUCACACAAUAUGUAUGUUUGCUUAAAAAGGUGUAAUAAAAGCCUUGGCUUUUUCUUUUUUCA